AUGUCUGUAGUCAUCGGAUCAGCAGACAAAUUCAGGAAUAAUCGCCCCUUGAUGGUUAAUGCCUGGUCACAGACGACAGGCACUGACUUUUCAUAUCUCCAUGAAAUCGAAAAUAGAGAGCAGCAAUCUCAGAGGGAAAGGGAAUUAGAAGAAAAAAUAAGAGUACUGGAGGAAAAUCUCAAGGCUCAUACAGAACUACUAUCUCAAAUACAUGCGACAUCGGCAAGGACAUCAGCAUUACUGUCACAGCAGCAACCACAAAGUCAGCCAAUAAAUAAUAUUGAUUACAAAAACAACAGCAACAGCAGCGCUAAUAUCAGCGGCAAUAGUACUAGGGCAAUAGAAGUAAGUCCCAAAAUUGUUACUGCCCAAAACGACACACAUCAAGUGAAUUGUGCUCCUGCAGAAUGCAUCAAAUAUACAAUUUUAGCUGAAGGUAAAGUGAAUGACAAUGAUGAACCAAUAGAAAUCCAUUUGGCCGAAGAUUCAGUUUUAAACAGUUCUGCUGAAUCAGGCCGGUUAGAAAUUUGUCUGGAUACCGAAGAAAAUAUUGAAGAUAAUAAUACAACGACAUUACAUCAUCAGAUGGCUCCAACAACUUCAAACACAACGCAGCAAAAUGAUACAAAAAAUGAAACAAUUAUAUUUACUAAUAAUAUACAACAAAAACUACCAACCCAAAAACGUCGUAUCGUUUACGGCAAUAGUUUACGUAAGACAGCUAAGGUCAGAAUUACGAACGUAAACACCACAACAAUCCAAAAUGUCAUUCCGUCACUCACAGACAGUAGCAACGCUGAUACGAGCAUCAUUACCUUCGAUCCAGAAAAUGUAAUGGUAUCGAUUGGGCCCAAUGACACACGGAUACCAGCAAAGUUGUAUGAUAAUAUGAAUUGGACAUUUGCCUCCAUUGCCACUAGGAGGCUUCUAAUGGCCAUAUUCGAUCGGAAGGUCUUGGCUACACACUCGAUGACUGGCAAGCCUUCGCCGGCCUUUAAGGACCAAGGCAAACCACUGAAACAAAUGUUGGAUCCGCUUGUAAUAGCAGAUAUUAUAUUUGCGGUAACUCGCAAGUGUCAAGUUUCCGACAAAGAAGUGCGUAAUGCCAUCACAACGAAAUGUGCCGAUGAAAAUAAGAUGAUGAAGCUACAAAUGAAUAAACGAACGCCAAUGAGGGAAAUUAAUAAAGAAAAUCUAACUGGUUAA